AUGGCAUAUCUAGCUCCCAUCCAUCGGCCUAGUAGCGUGCGACACGCGCUCAAGCUGUCCUUCCUUGCUGCCGACUCCGAAGAUCUGGUCGUGGCAAAGGCGAACAGACUGGAAGUAUGGUCCCCUGCAAGCCCAACAGAUCCCACAUUGGUGCAUCGGCAUACCAAGGCAUUAUACGGCAAGGUGACAUUGCUUCACAAACUGCGGCCAGCAACGAGCCAGGCCGAUCACCUCUUCGUUGGCACAGACAGAUAUCAUUACUUCACAAUCAGCUGGAAUCCCCAGACAAACGACCUCAAUACUGAGAGGGCAUAUGUGGACAUUGCAGAGAAGGCAGCAAGAGACAGUCAGACUGGGGACAGAGUACACAUUGACCCCACAUCACGCUUCAUGACCAUAGAGUGCUAUGAGGGCGUUGUCAAUGUCUUACCCAUUGCACAUGCCGGCAAGGGCAAAAGGAAGGCCGCUGAUAACGAGAUUGGAGAGCUAGGAGAGCCGAUUCCAGUCAGGAUACCGGAAUUGUUCGUGCGGAGUAGUUGCUUCUUGCACAGACGACAGCCGACCACAAAAGCAGUGGACCCACUUUUUGCGGUGUUACACGAGGACAGCACGAACAAGGUCAGGCUAAAGAUCAGGGAAUUGGAGUACAGCCCCUCCUUACGACCCAACGAUGAGCCGGCGGUGGCGGAGCUGGAGAAGGGUCACGAUGUCGAAGACUCUCUGGAGCUUGGCGCUAGCAUAUUGAUACCGCUUCCGCCUCCGAUGCAUGGCUUGCUUGUUGUUGGAGAGACCAGCAUAUCAUACGUCGAAGAAUGGCAGUACCAGGUAACGAGCACAGAACCUCUGGACGAUGCGACAGUAUUUGUGGCGUGGUGCUCACUGGAUGACCAAAGAUAUGUCCUGGCUGAUGACUACGGCAAGCUAUACCUGUUAAUGGUGCAGAAGAAUGCCGAAGGCGAGUACAACGGCCAUCAAAUCGACGUUCUUGGGAUAACGAGCAGAGCGAGCACAUUGGUCUACCUGGACGGUGGACGAGUAUUCGUGGGGAGCCAUCAAGGCGACAGCCAAAUAAUACAGAUCUUAGAACAGAGCAUCGAAGUGCUGCAGACAUUCCCAAACAUCGCGCCGAUACUGGACUUCACGGUCAUGGAUAUGGGCAACCGCUCUUCAGAUGCACCGGUAAAUGAGUUCUCGAGUGGUCAAGCUAGAAUCGUCACAGGCUCGGGUGCGUUCAAAGACGGCAGUCUACGAUCAGUGCGAUCUGGCGUUGGACUGGAGGAUCGCGGCGAUCUGGGCAGCCUAGGAGCACCAAUAUCCGAAGUCUUCAGUUUACGAAGUAGCGCCGCAACACAGUUGGUCGACACGCUGAUCGUGAGCUUCGUUGAUAGCACAAGAGUAUUUGUCUUCGAUGAAGAAGGCGAUGUGGAAGAACGAGAAGACUUCAGAGGGUUCAGCUUGUCCGAUUCCACACUGUACGCGGCGAACUUGCCUGAUGGUAGAGCAGUACAGGUGACUGGCACAUCCGUGCUGCUCGCUGAUGCAGAGAGCGGUGUGAUUACAGAUACUUGGCAGGCGCCGGCGGGCAUCACGGCGGUCGCAGCAGAACAGUCGACAUUACUGCUUUCGCUCAGUGGCAAAGUCUUGAUCGCAUUGGAUCUUUCAAGUCAGUCAAUCAAGACUCAAGCGCAACGGGAGUUCAGCAGCAAUGAGGAAGUUUCAUGCAUAGCAUUGUCAUCCUCGAUACCUGACGCGUGCGUUGCUGGCUUCUGGAAAGACGGCAAGGUCUCGUUCCUGAGCUUGCAAAAUCUACAGCCGACAGCCACUGAGCGAGUUGCAGAGGACGACCUCGCGGUGCCGCGAUCACUUGCCAUUGCUACUAUCCUUCGCGACCAGCCCGCAACGCUCUUUGUUGGUUUGGCUGAUGGUAACGUUGUGACAUAUACGAUCGGGCCCCUGCAAAAGCCCUUCUCAGCACGAAAGAGCAUUAUCCUGGGAACCCAACAGGCUGACUUCGCAGUCCUACCUCGAGGUGAUGGGUUACAGAAUGUAUUCGCCACGUGUGAACACCCUUCUCUCAUAUAUGGCAGCGAAGGCCGGAUGGUAUAUUCUGCUGUUACGGCUGAGUCUGCAACAUCAAUUUGUGCUUUCAACUCAGAGCCGUACGGCAAUGCGAUUGCUAUCGCUUCCAACGACGAGCUCAGAAUAGCUGCCGUGGAUGAAGAAAGAACAACUCAUGUGCAGGAUCUCUUCGUCCACGAAACAGUACGACGGAUAGCCUACUCAGCAGAUUUGAAGGCCUUUGGCCUUGGCUGCAUACAACGAACGCUUACAGCAGGGCAGGAAGAGGUCAGGAGUCAUUUCAAGCUUGUGAACGAGGUCGCAUUCAAGGAGCUUGCCUCCUAUGAGCUCCACGAAGAUGAAUUAGUUGAGAGUGUGAUUCGAUGCCAGCUCGAUGAUGGCUCGGGUGAGAGCGCGGAACGCUUCGCUAUCGGAACAGCAUACUUAGACGACCAGGAUUUAAACGUAGCGCGGGGCCGGAUACUGAUACUGGAGGUUACCGAAGACAGGCGACUGAAACUUGUCACCGAGCUUAAGGUCAAGGGUGCAUGUCGAUGUCUGGCUGUUUGUGAAGGCAAGAUUGUGGCUGCGCUCAUCAAGACGGUCAUCGUCUACGAGUUCGAAUAUGCUGCCAGCAAAGCGACACUAACAAAGAAAGCAUCUUAUCGAACAGCCACAGCGCCAAUCGAUGUCUGUGUCACUGGCAAUGUGAUAGCGGUGACGGAUUUGAUGAAGUCAAUGUCCCUGGUGGAGUAUAAGAAGGGCCGAACGGGCAUGCCCGAUAGUCUGACAGAGGUAGCCCGUCACUUCGAAACCCUCUGGGGCACCGCCGUGGCCAACGUAGCCGACAACACCUACCUCCAAUCCGACGCAGAAGGCAACCUAAUCGUCCUUCAACACGACAUCAACGGCUUCUCCGAAGAAGACCGCCGCCGUCUCCGUGUCACUUCCGAAAUACUCCUAGGAGAAAUGGUCAACCGCAUCCGACGCAUCGACGUAACACCCACGCCCGGCGCCCUCGCCAUCCCUCGAGCAUUCCUCGCCACCACCGAGGGCUCUAUCUACCUUUUCGCGCUCAUCGCCCCCGGGAAGCAAGAUUUGCUCAUGCGCAUGCAGACCAAUAUGGCCGCUCUCGUGAAGAGCCCUGGCCAUGUCGAGUUCAAUAGUUUUAGAGGGUUUAGAAAUCAGGUGAGGGAUGAGGGCGCGAAUGGGCCGAUGAGGUUUGUGGAUGGGGGGCUUAUUGAGAGGUUUCUGGAUUGUGGAGAGGAUGUGCAGAGGGAGAUUAUCAAGGACCUUGGGAUAGAGCUUGAGGAUGCUAGAGGGAUGGUGGAGAGUUUGAGGAGGAUUCAUUGA